AUGGCGCCUCUCACUGACGAUUUCGGCGAAAUGCUUGGAAAUGUACCCAGCCAAUGGUGCAAUGGUGGAACUCACGAAUACUAUGGCGGAGGACACUGGACUAGGUACGUCCCACAAGGUCUCCUUGACGCUCCGACCAAGUUGCGAAAACAAGAUCGGGCCAACACUAUAAAGCUAAAGGAGACUGCGGCCAAACAGAAGGCCACACGAUCUUACUCUUCAUAUAUUUACCUUAUGCAUAUUUGCCUUAAACUCGUGGUGCCAUAG